AUGCUUACCCCAGGAAAGCGUCUCAUCCUAUGCUUAGAUGGGACAUGGGUAAACAGCGACCAAGGUUUCAACCGGCCGACCCUGGAUCAGCCAAAUGCCACUUUGCAAAUUCCGACGAAUGUCACGCGCGCCUAUCGCGCCCUGAAGAAAAGGGACUCGGCCGGAUGGACCCAGAUCAUGUACUAUCAUUCUGGAGUUGGUACCAGUGGAGGUCUAGCGGAUUCACUCGCCGGUGGAGUCUUUGGUGCUGGUGUUUCUGAAAACAUUAGGGAAGCAUACAGCUUCAUCGCAACAAACUACGAACCUGGCGAUGAGAUUGUCCUGGUCGGGUUCUCUCGUGGUGCAUUCACUGCCCGUAGUGUCGCAGGUCUCAUCACUGAGAUUGGCCUCCUCACUUCCAAGGGAAUGGAGUUUCUCUAUCCGAUCUUUAAAGAUGUAGAGAAUGCAAAGGACCCUCACUAUAAGGACAAGUUCCCCACAGUACCGUUCAGUCACAAGCCAAGAACACCAAAUAACGGAAGAGAAUACAAGCGUCGGCUUGAAGAGGAUGGCCUGACGCGAGUGUAUGACCCAGACGGGUAUCCUAUCAAGGUUCGCUGUGUUGCGGUCUGGGACACUGUUGGGAGUCUAGGUUUUUCCGCCAUCUUUUGGAGCCAACAGGCCGCAAUGUUGAUGUUCAAUAGGCAUCCCGGAUACAGACCUCGCAAAGAAACUCGAAAUCCCACGUUCUACAAGAGAAUAACACUCGCCCUCGAUGAAGACCGCACAUCCUUCGCCCCGGCAAUAUGGGAACGACCAGCGCAAUGUCGCACUGACCUCCGACAAGCGUGGUUCUGUGGAGCUCACUCGAAUGUCGGAGGCGGUCUCAACGACCAGGAACUAGCCAACAUCACCAUGGCCUGGAUGAUGGACCAGCUCACCUCCAUCGGCGUAGCCUUCGAAGAAGACACCAUUGACAGACUUUUCGAAGAAAGCGUCCGCUACUAUUACCACUAUCGUCAAGAAGCACAGCCCGCAACAGAAAAUACCAAACGUAAGCGACGAACUGAAUGGGCCAUUCCUUCUAUCUAUGAUGCACACAGACCAGUUCGACCGUGGGGUCUGGGUGAAAUCAUUGAUCCUGUAACAGGGAUUUAUCACCUUGCCGGCAAGACGACUCGCACACCGGGUAUGUAUCGGUAUACAGAUCCUAGUACCGGGCGUCCAACUUCUGAAUUCUUGGAGAAUACGAACGAGCGCAUCCACCGAAGUGUUCGCAUUCGACUUUCUCUUGAAGGGUUAGGGUAUAAUGAUGAAGAGCCUUACAAAUGUCGCGCACUGCUGAAGAAGGGGCCUUGGCAGCUCAAACGAAUGCGUGUAGUAUCCCGCCGCCAGAUUGAAGAUAACUUUGGAGACGAGGAGAUUGUGGAACAGGAUCAAGACCGCUGGGGGUGGGUGUACGCUGGACCCAAGGAGGACGAGCCGCCGGAAACGCUCAUGAUGGAGGAGCCUCUGGGUCCUUUCGAGGAUCAAUUGCUUCGGUAUAGCAAAGGCCGGGCAUUCUACAAAGCUCUUCUUGCGGAGACCGAGCGAUGA